AUUCCAUUCAAACUAGCGCUAAAACUUUUUCAGCCUGAAAAAAAAACAAUCAAGAAACCUUAACUAGCGCAUAAAAAAGUUAAUAACGUAAUUAAAGCAAAAGUUCAUAUUGUGGAGACUUGAAGAAUUAGUUUUAUAUCAGACAUAAAUAAUACAGAUAAUAAGAUGGGAAAGGAUAAGGACGAACCUCAAGAAGAGUAUUCAGUCGAAAAAGUGUUACAAAAGAGAAUUCGUGGUGGAAAGGUCGAGUAUUAUUUAAAAUGGAAAGGCUAUUCCGAUGCAGAUAAUACAUGGGAACCAGAGGAAAAUCUCGAUUGUCCAGAAUUAAUUGCCGCAUUUGAGGAAAGUCAGAGAAAGAAGGAAGCAGCAGCUGCUGAAGCAAAAAAGAGGAAAACCACUGAAGCACUCGAUACAUCAAAGUCCAAGAAAAAGUCAGAUAGGAAAGAAGGAUUCGAUCGUGGUUUACUUCCUGAGCGAAUUAUUGGCGCAACUGACACUUCGGGCGAAUUAAUGUUUUUGAUGAAAUGGAAGGACACUGAUGAAGCCGAUCUCGUACCAGCCAAGCAAGCAAAUGUGAAAUGUCCACAAAUUGUCAUUCAAUUCUAUGAAGAACGAUUGACAUGGCACUCGAGUGGCGGUGAUAAGUAAACACACACACUUACUACAAGGAUAAUUUAAUUAAGGACUUUAAACAUUUAAAAAAAACUUUAUUUCGGAUAUGUUAUAAAUUCCCUUCUUUUUUAAACAUCGCUUCCGAGAAUAUUAAGGAAGUUCUUCUAUAUUUUUGAAUUCUGAUUUUCUCUAUUUUUUCUUUAAUUACACAUGGUUUUCCGAUUUGCUUGCUU